CCAAAGUCCCCCAUGUUGGAUGCCCAGCCAUCCGAUUUUUUCGCCUGGCAUCCUCUAUGCCUCCGUCUGAACCGAACUUUAUUUGGAUUAUUUUCUAUCUUUAUGCAUGGAGUAAUUUUUAGAACCGGCCUUGGGGGGACUUGUCCAUGCGUGCAUGCAUUUGCACCGGCCCUCCCCCAGCCAAUCUGUCAACCAGAUGGGCGUCGCAGAAUUUAUUUCAGGAUUUUGUUAUUUUGCCUUUUAACCUCGUUCGCAUGGAAAGAAAAUAUCGCAUUCCGUCCGCAACGUGGAAAGGCAACCCAGAUAAGACAAGCGGCUAUUAUCUGCGGAGUAUAUCGGCCUAGAUCGCAAUUUCGUGUGUGAGGUUUCCAAGUAUCGUACGAAAGGCAUUUAUUCGGGGUUGGCAGGGAAAUUGAUAUGGAUAUGGUAGCGACGCGGCCCUUUUUUUUUUUUUUCUUUUCCUUUUUUCUGGCCUGUCGACCGACCGGGUCGGUCUCGGUCUUGCAAAGAGGAACGCCGACCGAUGGGCAAAAAAUAGGUCAGGAAUGCGCAGAAGUCAGAACGAAUGACACAACGUCAUAAGGACGAUGGGGAUGGGGAUAGGUAGGAUUAUGAUACGAAAACGACCGAUGCGGUCAUCGGGCUUUGAGAGACAAUUCCCUUCCUACCCCGUAGACCACAUUCGAGACCAUUGAUAGUAUGUCGAUUUUAUUGGACUAUUUACGGAGUUUUUUUGAGAUGGCCCCAGGGCACUACGACCGGAGGGCAAGAAUACGACGGAGUAUCCGGCCAGUAGUAAGGGCAAAAAUCAAGAUUGUCAUUACUUCAUGAGCUGCGCUGCUUUUUUCUCCAGAGAGCUGUGGUUUUAGAGAGGUCGGUGCAAAAGGACUAGCCGAUAUG